UAUGCUACGAAAUGAGAAUUUGCUUCAUAAAGGCAUUGUUCGUGCUAUAGACAUUCAACGAAAUGCCAUGAUGAUUUGCGAAUAUUUAAUGUCCGCAUUUGAGAUAAUGUUCAUGUUUCUAAUAGGACUUGGAGUGAUGCUGUUAAGUUUCAAUAUUUUUCGAGCUUUUCAGAUUAUAUCAUUCGAUUUUGAUAUUGAAGAAUUAGGGGUGUGUUACUUGUCAUCAAUGAGUUGCGUUUUAUAUAUGUUCUUAUCCAAUCUCAUCGGACAAGAAAUAACCGAUCACUACAAUUACGUAUUUGAUACGAUAUACAAAAUCCAGUGGUACUUAGCUCCUGUACAUAUACAAAAGCUGAUAGUGUUUCUAAUGCUGAAAGGCAACAAAUCUUUUGGUCUAAAUGUGGCUGGACUGUUUAUAGCAUCUUUAGAGUGUUUUGCUACGUUGGCAAAUUCAUCGUUAUCUUAUUUUAUCGUCUUAUAUUCAAUGCGGUAGUAUUAUCAAAACAUACCAACACCAUAGUGAUAAACUUAGUAAGAAGUGAUGCAGUACAAAUUGUAUAAGAAAUACCGCGUAUUAUAUAAAAAAUGUAUGUAAAUUAGAUAACAACAAAAUAAGAGUUUCGCACCAACUUUCCUCUAAAUGUAAGAAAUAUGAUGUAA